GGCCAGUCCCGGCAUGCUGUGCGGUGUCCGGCGGUCAAGCGCAGCCAAAAGGAAUUUUCCCCGUGUGCUACCUCGGCUCAGUUCAGUUGCUGUCCAGAGCCGGGUCGGCGAGUGUGUCGGCUCCAGCUGUUCUCUUACAGCUAAUCCGCCAGUUUGAGCGCCCCAGCCCUCCCUCGAGGGCGCCCCGGGACGGAAGGAUCCACCAGCCUGUCGGCGCCCGCCGUUCUCGUGGUCGCCGUCGCCGUCGUCGUUGUAGUAGUCUCCGCCGUCGCCUGGGCCAUGGCCAAUUACAUCCACGUCCCGCCCGGCUCCCCGGAGGUGCCCAAGCUGAAUGUCACGGUUCAGGAUCAGGAGGAGCAGCGCUGUCGGGAGGGGGCCUUGAGCCUCCUGCAGCACCUGCGACCGCACUGGGACCCCCAGGAGGUGACCCUGCAGCUCUUCACAGAUGGAAUCACAAAUAAACUUAUUGGCUGUUAUGUGGGUAACACAAUGGAGGAUGUAGUCCUGGUGAGAAUUUAUGGCAAUAAGACCGAGUUGUUAGUUGAUCGAGAUGAGGAGGUGAAGAGUUUUCGAGUGUUGCAGGCACAUGGCUGUGCACCACAGCUCUACUGUACCUUCAAUAACGGACUGUGCUAUGAAUUUAUACAAGGAGAAGCAUUGGAUCCAAAGCAUGUCUGCAACCCGGCCAUUUUUAGGCUAAUAGCUCGUCAGCUUGCUAAAAUCCAUGCUAUCCAUGCACACAAUGGCUGGAUUCCCAAGUCUAAUCUGUGGCUAAAGAUGGGAAAGUAUUUCUCUCUCAUUCCCACAGGAUUUGCAGAUGAAGACAUUAAUAAAAGGUUCCUAAGUGAUAUCCCAAGCCCUCAGAUUCUUCAAGAAGAGAUGACUUGGAUGAAGGAGAUUCUUUCCAACUUGGGCUCACCAGUUGUGCUUUGCCAUAAUGAUCUAUUGUGUAAGAAUAUAAUCUACAAUGAGAAAGAAGGUGAUGUACAGUUCAUUGAUUAUGAGUAUUCUGGAUACAACUACCUGGCAUAUGAUAUCGGAAAUCAUUUCAAUGAAUUUGCAGGUGUGAGUGAAGUAGAUUAUAGUCUCUAUCCAGAUAGAAAACUGCAGGGACAGUGGCUGCGUUCUUACCUUGAAGCCUACAAAGAAUAUAAGGGCUUUGGGACUGAAGUAACUGAAAAGGAAGUAGAAAUACUCUACAUUCAAGUCAAUCAGUUUGCCUUGGCUUCUCAUUUCUUUUGGGGAUUGUGGGCUUUGAUUCAAGCUAAAUAUUCCACUAUUGAAUUUGAUUUUCUUGGGUAUGCAAUUGUGCGUUUUAACCAAUACUUCAAAAUGAAGCCUGAAGUUACUGCGUUAAAAGUGCCUGAGUAGAGAGGAGAUUUAAUUAUUCUCAAGUAUUUGAGCAUUCCUUGUGAAUCUUUCCUUAAAGAAAUUCCGAAAAGCCAAUAUUUGUUAAAAUUCUGUUAAUUUGGUUAUCUUGCUUUACAAAUUGGGCCUCUCAACAACCAAUCUAUAUUUUAAAUAGACUGAAUGAUGUCAAGAAAUACGCCUACUGCUGUCAGUAUGUAGUGGAUUAGAAAUUUGUUAUAUCUACAAAAAGCUAUAAAGAUGUCAGUUUAAUCCUUGCUUUGAUAUCCUAAUCUGUGUUAUAUGUGAAUUAUUUAUUAUAAAGUUAGCAUUCUGUGGCUGCUUUCAUCUGUUUGUUGAGUGUAAGCAAUGUAAAUGUUCUGGAGUAGUUUUCCUUUAAUAUGAUUAAUUUCAGUAAACAUUCUAGGUAUUCAGUGUCAACAUUAAAAUUGAUGCACUGUAAGUGAAAUGAAUCAUUUACUCUUGAAACACCAGUCACUGGUGUAGAUAACUUGGGCUGUUCAUAUAAAAAUGUCUGUUUAGGAGGAUGAAAUAUGUUCACCUGUGUUGAUGGUACAUCUUUUUAAUUUGAAUAUUGAAAAGCAUUUCUUUUUUCGGUUAUAUAUCUUAGAACAAAAUUAUCUUUUCCCUGCAUAGUCUGGCAGUAAGAAUAUUGAUGUGUACCAUAUAAUCCUGGAAUAGAUAACAAUGAUUUAAUGUUACUACAAUCUGUAUUAAGUAAUUUCAUCUAAGUACUAGUUUCAGUUUUUAAAAUUUUAUUUUAUCAAAUUGUUUUUAACCAAAAUUUUGUUUUACUUACUGAGAUCUUCUAUAUUUUUGUUUGUUUUUGUAUAACAGCUAGUAUAAUAGUUGCAGUUUUUGAAGCAAAUAUUGAAAGCUUAUCAUACUUGGGAACAAGAAAACAUCAUAUAGAUUCUUUUUUACCUCUCCAAUUUCAUUCCUGAUAUUUUUAUUUCAUGUUUUAGUUCGGCCCCGUAUCUUUAGACUGAUAGUAAAUGACUACUUGAUGCAUGUGAUAUGUUGAAGUUGUUAAAAGGAUUAAACAAGGAGCAUUUAGGACACUGAUCUUGUACACUUAAAAUUGGAUAUACCAAAAUGUGAACUAAGCAGAAAUACUCACGAUGAGAGGGCUUUUUUUUUUUUUUAAUGUUUUGUUUCGUCUUGCAUUUAUUUAACUAUAUGUUUUUUUAUUUUGUUUGGAUUUAGGCAGUUAUAUGGAAGGAAGUUAGAUAUUUGGGAUAGAUAAGUAGGCUUCAAGUUUUGUGAUUGCUGUGUGGGGUUGAACAGUCAUAAUAAUUUUACUUUGAAAAUUAGUCUGACAAGCUUUGCACUUUGGUCACAUAAGUGCCCAUGUACAAAGUUGGCUUAAUAGAUCUGCAUAUUCAGAAUAUGCGGCCACCAAUUUCACCUCUGAAAAACCUUACGGGGAGUUUGCUGUAUUAUUCCAGAUGACUGAGUAUACGGUCAGACAAGUGCUUUAAACACACUUGGAUUAUUUCAAGAUGUUUAAAGCUAAUAAGUAGAAACACUUAAAGGCCAUUUUAAAAUGGUAAAUUCUGGUUACAGAAAUAGAAACGUGAAGUCUGUUUGUAGCUAUAACAGUGUUAGACCAAGAUUUGUUUUCUACCUCCCCGAUGUUAAAAAUGUUCACCUUUGUUUUUAUAAACACAUUUACUAUAGGAUCAGUAGAAUUUUGUCCAGUCGAUUAAGUGAAUGGAACCAAUUAAACAAUAGCUUUCUUAAUGUUAGGGUGAACUUUAAAAAAUUGUUUUUGAUGUGAUUUUCAUCUGUGGUUGCAACAUUUUCUUAAAAUGAUGAAGAAUAUGUAAAACUCUUGAUUUUUUUUUUUUUUUUUUGCUUUCUGACUUCUUAAAGUUCAACAGUGUAUAUAUUGGAGUACUAUGGGAGGAAAGAAGGCAAUUUAUCUACCUUACUCCAUAAUCUGACUUCAGACCAUUUGGAAUAGACAUUUCACUGAGCCAAUGCUGGUAGACUGUGCAUAGCCGCUAGCUGUGACUCUAUUAUAAGCAUUUCUGAGAGAUUUGUAUAGAAGUGAAUAUAAUGGGGAGUAGGGACUCUCUAGCCCGAGGAGUAUGCAAUGGAUCUCCAAUUUGAAGUGAGGUAUUUAGUAUUUUGUCCCACUCUUUGGAGAGAUUUUAGGUGUUGUAAUGCUCUGAUACUUCUGUACAGGCAUUUGGAAUGAUGGUGCAGGCUUAGAAAUAGGGCUCAAAAUUGCUUCCCUUUAUAUUUACCAUUUGAGGGAUUCUAAAGGAAGGUAAAUCUCAACCACAAUCUAAAAGCAUCUCUCUAAAAUUUGUUUUGUGGCUUUCUGAGAUGUCUGUUGCCUUUUUAUGUUAAGCUAAGGAACUUGAAUGCCUUACCUAAUAACUCAUCUGGUAGUAAGCCCAUUUUGUAAAUACGAGAAUGGUUGUUAGAAGUGGCAUCCAUGUAUAUUCAAUGUUAGUAGACCAUAGUGGCCUGGAUGCUUUUAACAAGCAAAAUUCAACGAUCCACCUCCCUCUUUUUUCCUUACACAUUUGUAUGACCUUACCUGACUAGUAAUACUUGAUUUUUUCCUCUCCUAACGCCAUGCUACUACCACUUUCUGGGAAUCGAGAUGUGGUAGUAAAUUAUACUAUUCACAUGGUCACCCGAGAUCAGUAUGAGCACAAAACUCAUCAGCUAGGUCUGCCUGGAAUGUAUAUACAGCAAUGUAAAUAAAAAUUUGUAAAUUAGUGUGAAUUGUAUCUUGCAUAUGAGAUUGUAUAUGUUUUUGCAUUCUCUCUUUUUUUUGGUAGAAAUUGUUCUGUAAGAAAAUGAUCCAGCUUUUUGGUUUUGGACUGGAAAUAGACAACAAUUCUGGCUGCACAGUGGGAUAACAGAGGAACUGGGAAGUAGGGUUUAUCAAUUUUUAUGUUAAUGUCAGCACCUAUUUAGCCUCUCAGUGCCUAAUGUGACUUUUCUUCACUUCUUUAGUUGACAUUAGUUUUUGUGAGAUUAGAUUCCUGGAAGUAGUGAGUUUAUACACUGUUACAUUAAUAGAGCUCCAUUCUUUGAGUCAUGGUUCUAAGCUAAAGCAAAUUAAAAAUGUAACUUAAUGAUUGAAAACUGAACCAUUAUUACCUUUUCCUAUUUUCAGGGUUGUUAACCUUUUUCUAAAAAACAAAACAAAACAAAAACCAAACCUUAAAUUUUAUAUGUCCAGACCCCAUGUAUACAAGAAAUAGGAUAAAUAGCAGCUUAACAUAUAAAUAAUAGUUCAUCUUAAGUAUAUCUUAGUUGGCUUCUCUAAAUAAAGUUGUUCAUGAUGGACUUUUAAAAGACAGAAAAGUUAUAAGUCAACUAUUUUCCAUUUAGUCUAAAAAUACUUACUUUCAACUUUAUUUUGACUUCAUAAUUAUGUUAACAAACUUUUCAGAUUUAAGAAAAAAAAUUUUCCCCAAACACUCUCAAUUAGAAGUUAGAAACCUACCCCACUUUAAAAAUUAUAACGUUUCUUUUUUAGAUUACAAACGUUCUGUAACGUUUUGUGAACUCCUUACUUUUUAAUAUAAAUUAUAAUAUUAUCUAGUAGUUUGAUUUUCUGCUUUAAAUUGCUUUUAAUAACCAUUUUGUACUGCAUCUCAAAGUGAUAUAGAUUUAAACUUUUAAUAUUCCUCAGUCAUUCAGUUGAUAGACAAACAACAGUGCUUUAUGCUAGGAGGAGGUUUUGUUAUUGGCAGCAAUUUGUAGUAUUUUACGGAAAAGAAGGCAAGUGCUUGUAAUUAUAAUGGACAAAGGAGGAAGAAUUAUAUGUGGUAAAGUAGCUUUAUCUUUAUUUUGAAAUUGAUUAGCUCUGAUUUUUUUGUUUUCCACAGUAGAUUAUAAAAUAUCCUUUGGGAACUUAGUUACAUAUUAACUAAUUUACUUGUUUUGUUUCUUUUUAAAGAAGAUAUUUCUUAUACUGAACCACUUUUUCAUCCCUGUUACAUACCAUUUGUGUGAUGAUAGUGUUACGUCUUGGGACUUGAUGUCUUUGGACAGGAAAGUAUAUCAGCUAUUUUAAAUGAAUUUUUCCCAUCUCUGAAGCUGACUCUGUAAAUGUUUUGCUGUAAAAGAAAAGCCUUUGAUUUGCAUUGCAAGUAGAUUAUUGGGGCAUCUUUUUUUCCAAAGUGAAUGAUACAUUGACAAAUGAAAUCUGGCAACAUUUUUGUUUCUAAUACCUAAUACUUGAAAACUGAAAUUAAUGAGAACAUUAUAGGAUGAAUUAGGUUUUUCUGAACAGAUUUUUCUCCCCCAGAUUUUAUUUUUGGAUCAUAAUUUUCCAAAGAUAUGGACUGUUUAAAUGGAAAAAAUAACAUUGCUUGUAGAAAAUACCCUUUUGUGUUUGAGAGAUCCGAAAUUCAAGUUGUUAGUAGGUUUCUGUCUGAAAUGUGCUUUCUCUUCUUUCCUAUACUUGGUGUACCAACUGUACUACUCAUGCUGUAAACCAGUGGGAUUAAGAUAUCAUUGUAUCCAUGUACAGUCUGAAUCCUGUAGCUUUUUCUAGUUAUGAAAAUACAACUCUCUAAAAUCCCAUUUUAAUCUCUAAAUGUAGACAUUUUUGUUGUUUACAUCUUACCCAUUAAUGGUAUUAUGACUACCAUUAAUCAUUUUAAUAAAACACUGAUAAAAUGUUUAUAAAAACUGAAAGCAUAACAUUGUUAUUUGAACUAGUUAAUGAAGAGUAAGGUAAAGUUGACUGAUUUGAAUUGUAGGUGUUCCAUUAGCUAAAUUUUAAAACUUUUAAUAAAGGAACUUUCAAAGAUAAGUUGACGCUAUGGUAUCCAUAUAAAUUAGCUUCUGUGACCUGGAAAAGACCCCCAUAAAGCUGUGGAGAAGAUGGCAGUGUAUACGUGCCAUGGCUGUUGUCGUGUGCUGCUACUGCUUAGAUGUAGGUAGUGACACACUGAAAUCCUUGUUGCCUGGUAAUCUUUAAGUAAUUUCCUCUACUUAUCUAUAGUAAAAAACUAUAAAUCGAUGGGAUCUGCAAACAGGAAACUUUUUGACUGCAUUGUAAUUUAGGAACCUUUGUACAGCCAGGUCAGUUUCCAUGAUACGAAGUAUUUGACUUUUAAAAUAUACUCUUAUAAGGAAGAAUACGUGGUAUUACUCCAUGUGCUUAAAUGAUAAUUUCCUUAUUCAGUUUCAGAAGAAAAAAUGCCAAGUAGUAAUUACCAUUGCAUUAACUGUAUACUGAAUUGGGAAAUUGUGGCAUAAAACUUAAAUCUGUGUUUAUCAAAUGUGAACCAUAGUAGUAUAAUGCUGCUUUGUAUAUACUGUAAGUGCUACAAAUAGUCUGAGCACUGAAAAUGUAUUGAUACCUCUCAAAUAAAUGCAACUUUUGAUGUAGGUGUUUUGAUACGCUCAGAAAGUAUCUGAGUGUCUGCGAACUUGUUAAUCUGUUUGGUAAUGAAGAUACUUCCUUUUUUUUGUUGCAUAUUUACAUGUUCAAAAUGCAGUUUUUCCAUUUUUUACUACUGUUAAUUUAAGUAAAAUUUGUUUUGUGGAUAAAAUGGGGUUGCCAGUGAAAAAAAAUUUAAAACCUCAUUCAUCUCACUGCUUAAGUAAAAAUACAUUUUUU